AUGGAAAUGAAGAGUCUCCUGGUCCUGCUGUGGCUGUGUGUGGCAGUUGGCUGGUCCUAUCCGCUGCACAGUAGCGCCGACUCCAACAUGGAGUUUCUUCAGAAAUACUUAGAAAGCUACUACGGCCUUGCAAAAGAUGCGAAGCUGUUCAUGAAGAAAAAGGACAGUAGUCCUGUUGUCAAAAAAAUCCAAGAAAUGCAGAAGUUCCUCGGGCUGGAGAUGACAGGGAAGCUGGACUCCAACACGAUGGAUGUGAUGCUCAAGCCCAGAUGUGGCGUCCCCGACGUUGGUGGCUUCACUACCUUUCCAGGUUCGCCAAAGUGGAGGAAAACCCACCUCACCUACAGGGUUGAAAAUUACACACCGGAUUUACCGAGAGAGAGUGUGGAUGCUGCCAUUGAGAAAGCGUUGAAAGUCUGGGAGGCGGUGACCCCGCUCACGUUCUCCAGGCUCUCUGAAGGAGAGGCGGACAUCAUGAUCUCCUUCGCAGCUGGAGAACAUGGAGACUUUAUUCCUUUUGACGGGCCUGGAGCAGUCUUGGCUCAUGCGUAUGCCCCUGGGCUGGGGAUUAACGGGGAUGCUCACUUUGAUGAUGAUGAACAAUGGACAGAGGACACCACAGGCACCAACUUAUUCCUGGUUGCAGCUCAUGAACUUGGCCACUCCCUGGGUCUCUUUCACUCAGACAAAACUGAAGCGUUGAUGUACCCAGUCUACAAGUCCUCCACAGACUUGGCCCGCUUUCGCCUCUCUCAAGAUGAUGUGGAUGGCAUUCAGUCCCUCUAUGGACCUCCCCCAGCAUCCCCUGAUGUUCCCGUGGUACCCUCCAAACCUAAUUCUCCGGAACCUGAGUUAUCACUGAUGUGCAGCCCUGAUUUGUCCUUUGAUGCAGUCAGCACCCUUCGGGGAGAAUUCUUGUUUUUUAAAGACAGGCAUUUUUGGCGAAAAUCUUUGAGGACCCCCGAAUCUGGUUUUUAUUUGAUCUCUUCAUUUUGGCCGUCCCUUCCUUCCAGCAUGGAUGCUGCCUAUGAGGUUACUAGCAGAGACACUGUCUUCGUUUUUAAAGGAACUCAGUUCUGGGCAGUCCGAGGGCACGAGGAGCAAGCAGGUUACCCUAAAAGCAUCCACGCUCUUGGCUUCCCUCUCGCUGUCAGGAACAUUGAUGCCGCUGUGAGUGCUAAGGAGACGAAGAAGACCUACUUCUUUGUGGGUGACCAAUACUGGAGAUUUGAUGAGAAGAAGCGAUCCAUGGAGCCUGGAUUUCCCAGGAAGAUAGCCAAGGACUUCCCAGGCAUUGACUCAAAGGUGGAUGCUGUCUUUGAAGCAUUCGGGUUUUUCUAUUUCUUCAGUGGAUCUUCACAGUUGGAGUUUGACCCAAAUGCAAAGAAAGUGACCCAUGUGUUGAAGAGUAACAGUUGGUUCAAUUGUUAG